GCAAUUUGUGUUUUGGUUUUGUUUCGUUUGAAUUUUGCAAAAAUGAACAGAAAGUUAAAAUAUUUAAAAACAAUAAAAAUCCUUACGUCUGUUUUAGACGGAAUACGCAUAUUGACAGAAAUUAGUGAAAUUACAAAAAAAAGAGUUCGGUCGUGUUCAGUGAGGGAAAUAAACAGAAAGAGGAAGAAGGAUGGUUCCUUUGUACGAUUCCUGGAAAUGAAGAGGGUUGACCACGCUGAGUUUUUUAUAUACACGCGAAUGACGCCACAAGUAUAUGGGCUUUUGCUUACUCUUGUUGAGCCCUUUUUAAAAAAGAAUUCGUUGAGUGAGUCUGUGCAACCGGAAUGUCGAUUAGCUUUGACAUUACAAUAUUUGUCACAAGGAACUUCGUUUCAAUCGUUGGCGUUGUCAUUUCAACUGGGGAAAGAAACGGUUAGGCGCAUUAUUCUGAAGACAGCUGAAGUCCUUCGGACAAAGUUAGGCGCUGUCUAUGUAUCUGAGCCUAAUGAAGAAGAUUUCAAGCAAAUUUCUCAAGACUUCUGGGAACUGUGGAAUACGCCCAACUGCGUUGGAUCUAUUGAUGGGAAGCUUAUCGCUAUUCGAUGCCCACCUAAAAGCGGUAGUCAAUUUUUCUGCUACAAAAAUUUUUUUUCUAUUGUGUUGUUAGCAGUGUGUGAUGCCCGAUAUCGGUUUACCUAUAUAGAUAUUGGUGCAUAUGGAAGUCAGAGUGAUGGUGGUAUUUCAAGUGAGUCGAUUGGGAAAGAGGUUGUUAGAUCAUAAAUCAGGGAUGGGAAGCCUCCCGCGAAAAACUUACCAAAUACGCAACUAAAAACUCCACACUUCUUCGUUGGUGAUGCUGCCUUUCCUUUAGGGAUAAAUUUAAUGCGCCCAUACCCUGGGGGAACGCUACCAAAUGAAAAAGAGGUGUUUAAUAAAAGGUUAUCAAGAGCUCGUCGCACAAUUGAAAACUCUUUUGGAAUACUAGUAGCGCGUUGGCGAGUUUUACUAACAACAUUACAUUUAUUUCCUGAAAAUGCAGAAAAAAUUGUUUUAGCGUGCGUUGCCUUACAUAAUUUUAUUAUGUUUAACAACGUUAAUGCAUCUUCGUAUAUUGCAUGCAACUAUGCUGAUUGGGAGGACUCUAAUGGUGAUUUUCAUUACGGUUUAUGGCGUAGAGAAGUUAAAAGUAAUAUCCCAUCGAUUAUGCAAUCUUCCAAUUUGCAUCAUUACGGUGGAAGAUGUUCUUUGGAAAUUAGAAAUAACUUAUGCAGUUUUUUUAACACUUUUUAAAACACAUUCUAAAAUCACAUAUCUAACA